AUGGACGCCAGUCUGAUGGCCAAUGAAGUGUUGCUCGACAGCAGCUUUGACGACUCACGGCUUUCUGCGCACAACGACGAAGAAGAAGACGAAGAAAAAGAAGAGGAAGAAGCGCCACUUUCGCUCAUUUCUGAUGCGCAGGACGGACUGGAGCAGUUUAAUCUUUAUCGGUCGUUUGGGUUUAUGAGUGGACGGCGACUCCAACGACGGUAUCGAGGCGUGUAUCGCAAGUACUCGCUUAUGACGCAACUGGUCACGUGGCUCGUUCUUAUUUACGUUGUUGUCGUGCUUGCAGCACUUGCAGCCAAUCGAACAACACCAAGUGGAAAACGGACGUCGCUGUCGGACAGUAUUUUUUACUCCGUAGUACUUGCACUGGGUCUGUACAUUCUCGUCCAGCUCGCGCUGAUCGUGCGGUGGAUCAUUUACUGGAUCAUUAUCGCGGAACUGCUGACCUAUGCGAUGACCGACAAUUUCUACAUACUAUUCUGGAUCAAUGACGACACUGUGACGGACACGGAUCGAAAAGUGCAUCAUAUCACGGCCUAUGCUCUUGUUGCAGUCGAGGCCAUCACGGUGCUCGCGUACUACUUUACGCAUUAUGUGUAUCCAUGGAUCGUACUUCGUCAGAAAAUUGAUCUCCAAGACUGGUGGAACGUCAAGCCCGGUCUCGAUACCAACACGUUGACAUACCGCUCCAAAGCGCGCUUUUACACACGGGAGCGCCAUUUGAUAAAAUAUUGUGGAGGACUUGACGCAGAAGGCCAGCCGCACGGAUACGGUAUGUGGACGGACACGGGGUACCACGGGGAGAAAUUGACAGGGCAAUGGGAGAAUGGUGUCCCGAUUGGCCCCUUCCGCAGUUUCGAGCAUGGAAGUGGCUACUCGUUUGUCAACAUUCGUAUCGGUUUUUGCCAUAACCGAGCUGAGAAGAGACCUACGGACAUUUUCUUUUUCCCCAAGCACUCGGAGACUGGUCUGAACUGGGGUGUGGCAAGCGUCGAAUGCUCUGUGUCGGGCGGGUUCUUCAAAUACUUGCCUACGGUGACGCAUUUGACGCCGUCGUACGUAGACGACUCUCCGCAGAGUGCGGCAGACUGUCUUCCUGUGCUGCGAACCCCGACAGACGCUGUUGUAUUCAGUCACGCUGGUGAUGGAGCGACGUUACAAAGGCAGUCGCAUCGGGAUCGAGUCACGGGAAGGCGUUUGUUUCGAGAAGGGUCUGCGCCUGUGCUUGACACUCUUGGUAACAUCAAUGACGACGGUGACAAAGAAGCGCUGGUUUUGCUCCACGGAUACAACUGCUCUCUGGACUACGGUAUGAAUCGUCUUGCGCAGCUCCUCGCGCUUGGUGACUUUCCUUCGUGUAUUCAUCCCUUUGUGUUUAGCUGGCCCAGCGGAGGUGUGCUUGCUUACUUCCAGGCGAAGGACGUUGGUAGCGAAAGUGAGCGCACAUCCGAUGACUUCAUCUCGUUUUUGAAGAAUCUGAUUGAAGCCGGCUACACAAAGCUGAACAUCAUCGCACACUCCAUGGGGGCGCGCGUUUUCUUCGGGUCGCUCAACAGAGAUCGAUUUCACGAGGUUUUUCUGGCUACUGGAAAUGUCGCGAACACGGUUGACUCCACGAGACGAAAGAUGGAGCUGUCGACGCUCAUUUUUUGCAACCCAGAUUACGACCGCAACGGCUUUGUGAGAUACGGUGGAGGGUAUGAUCGUGCGCGUCAGUUUUGCAGCCACAUAACGCUGUACGCAGAUAGCUUGGAUGGCGCUCUGUUUUACUUGGAGUAUCUGUCCAAGACCUCGAUCGCCGGACCGGUCAAUUACUCGUUGGGCCGGCGUGGACACAUGAUCCAUCGCGACCUGGACGACGACGGAGAUGUUGGACGAUUGGACACGCAGUUCUUGGACUGGCAGAACAAGCAUUUGGCUGCACCGCAAGAUUUGGACCUCGCUGUUGCUGCAGUGAACCAACGUGCAGGCUAUCCUGGUGUGGCUUCGUUCGCUUACAACCGUCGACGGACACACCCAACUGGCGACAAGUGCGCACCUUACGGUGUGAAUGAAGAGAAUGCGCCACGCCACUAUCUGGACAUGGACGUGAUUGACACGACUUGGAUGGACAACAACGUGCAUGCGAUUCGACACAAUUACUUCAAUCUCAACCCGAGUAUCGUGGAUGACCUCCGCCAUUUGAUCAUUACAAAGAAACGCGCCAAGCUCCGUCCUGGCCUACUCAAGACCUCGUCCGCCGAGAAUGUGUACAUCUUCCUGGUUGCACCGUCACAUGUCAAGAACAAGUAG